AUGGGUUCCUCCUCCUCACCCAUUCUCGAAUCCCAGCAGCAACUUCCCCACCGACGUCAAGGAGAAGAAGGAGAAGACCAAGAUGGCCACGCCGCCGCCGCUGACCUUGUAACCACCACCGAAUCCCGCUCUCUCACCCGCGGCCUCGCCCAGCGCCACCUCUCCAUGCUCGGCAUCGCCGGCUCCAUCGGCACCGGUUUGUUCCUGGGGCUCGGCGGUGCCGUCGCGCGCGGCGGUCCCCUCGGCGCGCUGCUGGGCUACUUUGUCAUCGGCCUGAUUGUGUGCGCGGUGCAGUUCGCCUUGGGGGAAGUCGCGUCCCUGUUGCCGGUCACGGGCAGUUUCGUGCGCCACGCCGAGUUUCUGGUCGACCCGGCCUGGGGGUUCGCGAUUGGUUGGAAUCUGGUGUAUGGCAAUGUCUUGUCCAUCCCGAGCGAGAUCACGGCGAUUUGUGUCUUGUUUGAGUACUGGACCGAGGGCCGCAUCAGCCCGGCCGUGUUUAUUGUCUUUUUUGUGGUGGUGACGGUCGGGGUGGGGAUGGCGCUCGUGAGGGUGUUUGGGGAGGUGGAGUUUGUUUUUGCGAUGCUCAAGGUGGUGCUGGUGGUGUUUUUGAUCUUGUUGGGGCUGGUGAUUGAUUUGGGGGGGAUCCCGGGAACGGAGAGGAUCGGGUUUCGGUAUUGGAAGAGUCCGGGGCCGUUUGUGGAGUAUAUUGCCACGGGCGAUUGGGGGAGGUUUUUGGGGUUUUGGAGCGUCAUGACGGGGGCGGUGUUCUCGUUUGCGGGCGUGGAGAGUCUGGCGAUGGCGGCGGCGGAGACGAGGAACCCCAGGAAGGCGAUACCGAGGGCUUGCAAGCGCGUGUUUGCGAGGGUGGUGCUGUUUUAUAUGCUGGCGGUGCUGGUGGUUGGUAUGUUGGUGGCGAGCGAUGAUCCGAGGCUCGAUGGUAGCGGUGAUAGCGUCGCGCAGAGUCCGUUUGUGAUUGCGGCUUCAGCGGCGGGCAUCAAGGCGAUCCCAUCGGUGGUCAACGCGAUCGUGAUUACUUCCGCAUGGUCUGCGUCUAACCAGAGCUUGUUGGCGGGCACGAGGGUCUUGUAUGGACUGGCGCUGAAGGGACAAGCUCCCAAGAUCUUCUUGCGGACUACGUCGUGGGGAACGCCGUACAUGUGUGUACUCCUGUUUGGAGUCUUCAUGUCUCUUAGCUUUAUGAGCCUCUCGGAGCGCGCUAUCAACGUGUUCUGGUGGUUGGUACGGCUGACCUCGGCGGGAGUAUUGGUGUCUUGGUCAUCCAUCUUGGUGAAUCAUAUUCGCUUGAGAAAGGCGAUGGACAGGCAGGGCAUUGCGUAUACCAGGCUGCCGUGGUCCAGCUGGUGGACUGUCUACAGCUCGCCGGUAGCCCUGUUCAUGUGCAUCGUCAUUCUCCUAACGGGAGGCUUCAGCGUUUUUACCAAGGGUAACUGGGAUGCCGCUACAUUUGUCUCCUCAUACUUGGACAUUCCGAUCGUACUCAUCGCCUACAUGGCUUGGAAAUUUUACAAGAAGACCAAGAUCGUGUCCCUGGACGACAUCCCCCUUGAUAUUGCGUUCGAGCAAGCCGAAGACGCCAUUUUCGAGGACCCCGAAGAAGGGAAGACGAAAGGGUGGGCACGGGCUGUUAGUUGGAUAUGGGAUUAG